GACGUCGAGUCAGCAGCCGGCGCCCUGCGUGUGGCCGCAGGUCGCCCUGCCGCACUGCAGCCUUGGAAGUCCUUCUUCGUAGUUCGGACGCCGGAGAACUCGGAGGAAGCGCGCAGCAGACUCAAGAAGAACAUCCUGCACUUUCAGGCUAACUAUCUGGUCCUGGUCGCGAUCUUCUUGGGUUUGCUGUUGCUCAGUGACUGGGUGGCCGCGAUCGCCACAUUGCUGGUUGCCGGGGCCUGGUUCGUCUCUCAGCGCUACAGCGCAGAGGCGUCCUCCUCCAAGUUGGCCCUCAUGGCCGGGGGCUCCUUCAUGUUCCUCUACUUGGUUGCGGGGACGAUGCUGCUGAACCUCGCAGCAGUUGCAGCACUCGCGGUAGUGGCCCAUGCAGUGCUUCAUCCGGGCUCGGCUGAGGUUGGAAACUUUGAUGCGAUCGACCAGGACGAGCUGUGA